AUGAGCACCAAAGCCAUUUCCCUCUAUUUCUGUGUACCUGCUGCAUUUCUGCUCUUCUUUGCCCAUCUCAAUAACCCAACCACUUCAUUCCUUCGAGCCCUGCUUGAUCUUGCAACACCAUCCUUUCCAUUUAAUUUGCUCACAGUUCAUUAUUUUUCUAACUAUCAUUGCCAUCGUGGUGCAUACAACCCGCUUUGCAAUGAUUUCCCUCCGGACUUCCCACCGCCUGACACCGCAGCAACAUCGAUCUUCUGUGUCGAUCCCAAUGGCUGCUGUGACUUCACCACGGUGCAGUCCGCGGUUGAUGCUGUGCCAAGAUCCAGCCAAAAGAGGAAUGUUCUGUGGAUCAAUAAGGGCAUCUACCUUGAGAAAGUGACAGUCCCUGCUACCAAGCCCAACAUCACAUUUCAGGGGCAGGGAUUUGAUCUGACGGCGAUCAUGUGGAAUGACACAGCUAACUCGUCACAUGGAACCUUCUACAGCGCUUCAGUUUCUGUCUUCGCCACCGGCUUUGUCGCGAAGAACAUCAGCUUCAUGAAUGUAGCACCAAUUCCAAGACCCGGUGAUGUCGGUGCUCAGGCAGUCGCUCUGAGGAUCGGUGGUGACCAGGCGGCAUUCUGGGGCUGUGGCUUCUUUGGGGCACAAGAUACACUGCACGAUGACCGGGGCCGGCAUUACUUCAAGGAAUGUUUCAUUCAGGGCUCCAUUGACUUCAUCUUCGGAGAUGCUAGGUCACUCUAUGAGAACUGCAGAUUGAUUUCCAUAGCAGAUCCUGUGCCUGCAGGGGUGAGAUCCAUCACUGGUUCAGUUACUGCGCAUGCCCGGGAAUCCAACAAAGAAAACACCGGCUAUUCAUUUGUCAACUGCAGCAUCGGCGGCACCGGGUGGAUAUGGCUCGGGCGAGCAUGGAGACCUUACUCCCGUGUUGUAUUCGCAUACACUACGAUGUCAAAUAUCAUCGCCUCCGAUGGAUGGAAUGAUUGGAAUGAUCCUUCAAGAGAUCAGUAUGCCUCUCCUGAACUGCUAGUGUUUUCUGGAAUCAAUUCAGAAUGCACACUAACAUCGGUUUGUUCUAUGAUUUCCAUUGCCAGGAGUGUGUUUUAUGGAGAGUACAAGUGUACAGGCGAUGGCGCACACCUGGCGGGCAGAGUGCCGUAUGCUCUUGAGCUCAGCGACGUGCAAGCAUUGCCUUACUUGAACACAUCUUUUAUUGACGGUGAUCUAUGGCUGAAACCAUACUGCGACUCACUAAUAUCUGCAUGA